UGCUUUUACUUUGAAGAAAAUUGACUUUAUUUCCGGUACAACCACUGCACGUAUGUGGAACUUGACGCAGCUCUGAGGCCUGCUGUGUUUUCAACGGAGGGAGAGCCAUGAAGAAAAAUGGCGUCUGCAGGCGACCCAGAGCGGGAUACCGGCCCUUCACUCUGAGCUUUCCACUCUGGAAUUGAGACCGGGGCUUGGUGGGGACAUUUCGGGAACCAUCUCCGGGUCUACUGGUAUCUCAUUCCCGGUUUUUCUCUGGUUUGCGUGGCUUAUCCAAGCACCGAGAUUGAAGCGGAACAGGAGAGACUCUCUCCUACAAUGAGGGGGAGAAGAGGAAGGCCUCCCAAACAAGCAGCUGUGAUGCGGGAAGGUUCACCCGGGCCAGUCCGCGGCUCUCGAGGCGGCAAGAACAGAGGGAUGCGUGGACGCGGGAGAGGUAGAGGUCGUGCCCGGGGACGGGGAGCAGGUGGCGGCGUUUCCUGCACAGUCUCGGCGGAAGUGGAAACAGAAAUCUCCGGCCGAGACAACUUUAAUUCGUCCCGGGGCCGCAGGAAAGUUGGAGGCUCCAUCGCGGCGGCGGCAUCGCGGGGCAGAGGAAUCAGAGGGAGAGGCAGGGGGUCAAGAGGCGGCCGCGGCAGCAGAGGCGGAGUGAGGCGUCCUCAAAACAAGGUGGUAUACGACGAUAACAGCGACGAAGAGGACGAUAACAUAAGCUACAGGUCUGAAGAAGACGAUCUCCUGAACGACAAUCCUUCGUCGGAUCUCGAAGAAGAGGAGGAGGAGGCCCUGGAAAACGACUCUGACUAUGUGGAGGAACUACCGUAUGAUGAUGAUGAUGAUGCCAGCUACUGUACGGAGAGUAGUUUCAAGAGCCACAGCACGCUCGGCAGCACCCCAGGCCGGAGAAGGAGUAGGCCGGCGCAGCCACAGUCUCCCAUCCUUGAGGCAAAGGACAUUCCUUUACUGGAGCUUCCCAAGCCCUCUGAGGACCUCCUGGUCGCUACCUCACAGCUCCUCAAUGUGUGUGCAGUCUACGAGGUCCUCCGCAAUUUUCACUCAGUGCUGCGCCUCUCUCCAUUCCGCUUUGAGGAUUUUUGUGCGGCACUGGCCAGCCAGGAACAGUGCACACUGAUGGCAGAGACUCACAUCGCCCUACUCAAAGCUAUUCUCAGAGAGGAGGACACUUCCAACACCACGUUUGGUCCUGCUGACGUGAAGGACUCCGUUAACUCCACUCUGUAUUUUGUGGAUGGUAUGACCUGGCCAGAGGUGGUGCGAGCGUACUGUGAGAGUGACCCGGAGUAUCGGCAUAUUCUGCCUUCUCAAGAGCGUGAGGAUUAUCCGUAUGAACCGUUGGACAGCAAAGUUAAAGUUCUUCAGUUUUUGGUGGAUCAGUUUCUGGCAACCAAUAUUGCACGGGAGGAGUUAAUGUCAGAAGGGGUGGUCGUCUACGACGACCACUGCAGGGUGUGCCAUCGUCUUGGUGACCUGUUGUGCUGUGAGACAUGCUCAGCAGUUUACCACCUGGAGUGUGUGAAGCCACCGCUUCAGGAAGUUCCAGAGGACGAGUGGCAGUGCGAAGUGUGCGUAGCACACAAGGUACCUGGUGUUGCAGACUGCAUCCCAGAAGUGCAGAAGAGCAGGCCGUUCAUUCGACAACUGCCAGUUGGCUUUGACCGACACCAACGCAAAUACUGGUUCCUGAACCGCCGCAUUGUCGUUGAAGAGGAUGGUGAGCAGGAGGACAAAGCCAUCUGGUACUACAGCACUAAGGUCCAGCUGGCUGAACUUAUAGAUCGCUUGGAUAAAGAGUACUGGGAGGCCGACCUGUAUGCAGCCCUGGAGGAGAUAAGGGAUGAAGUGCACACACAUAUGGACAUCACUGAAGACCUAACCAACAAAGCCCGUGGCGGCAACAAGUGUUUCCUCACUGCAGCCAAUGAGGAGAUCCUGGACAGGUUGAGGGCUAAGAAGGAGGAGGAGCUGGAGGAGGUGAAGCGGCGAGCUGCCGAGGAAGCCCUUAAAGCGCGCCUCGAGAAGGAGAAGGAGGAGAUGGAUUUGGGGAAGGAUGGGGAGGUUGCGCUGAAAGACGGGGGACAGCAAGAUGGCAAGGACGGAGUGACGGAGGAGGAGAGGAAAAUCGAAGAGGCCACAGAGGAGAAAAAGGAUGGUGCAAAAACUGAAGCAGAAAACCCAUCGUCAAAUUCUGUGAGUGGAGACGGAAUACCCAUCCUGAGCCAGCCCCCCCACACCAGUGAAGAGAACAGUAACAGCAGCAUGGGUGCCAGGCUCCCUUCCAGGGGUCCUGAGCCCCCAGACCUGGCUGACAAGUCGUCCCAGUCAUCGCUGGCGAGCCUCGAUGAGACAGGAGACGGUAAGGACUCGGCCAAUGGUGAGACGACAGGUAUCGGCAGCAAGAAGUCUUCAGCAACUCGCAUGGUGACCCGGCUGAGGAACCCGGACAGCAAGCUGAGUCAGCUGAAGAACCAACAGGUAGCUGCUGCUGUUCAUGAAGCCAACAAGGGCUAUAAAGAGGGCAAAGAGGUACUUGUUGUAAAUGCGCAGGGGGACAUCACUCGCAUCAGCACGCGCAGCAGCAAAGACGUGGUGAUGAAGGGGACCCUCAGUCAAUACUUCAAGCUUGGCCAGGAGGGCAAGUUCCGGGUCUAUCAUAACCAGUACAGCUCCAAUGCCCUGGCCCUCAACAAGCACCAGCACAGAGAGGACCAUGACAAGAGGCGGCAUCUCUCGCACAAGUUCUGCAUGACACCUGCAGGAGAAUUUAAGUGGAAUGGGUCAAUUCAUGGCUCCAAGGUUCUGACCGUCUCCACACUGAGAUUCACCAUUGUCCAAUUAGAGAACAAUGUUCCAGCACCAUUCAUGCACCCUAACUGGGCCUCACACAGGACAAAUUGGAUCAAAGCGGUGCAGAUGUGCAGCAAGGCCAGAGAGUUUGCGUUGGCUCUGGCCAUCCUGGAAUGUGCCAUUAAACCUGUGGCUAUGCUGCCUGUCUGGAAGGACUCGCUUGGCCAUACAAGGUUAAAUCGUAUGACAUCCAUGGAGCGUGAAGAGAAGGAGAAAGUCAAAAAAAGGGAGAAGAAGCUGGAGGAUGAAGAGACGAUGCAACAGGCCACCUGGGUCAAGUACACCUUCCCAAUUAAACACCAGGUGUGGAAGCAGAAAGGAGAGGAGUAUCGUGUUACGGGCUAUGGGGGCUGGAGUUGGAUCAGUAAGACUUAUGUGCAGCGGUUCGUCCCCAGGCUUCCCGGUAACACCAAUGCCAACUACCGCAAAGAACUGGAAGAUGCGAAACUUGGCAAGAAGUGUACCCUGCUGGAUUUAAGCCGACGACCCAGUGUAGCCGCACCAGAAGCUCAGGAACCUGCUGCUUUAACCAGUGAAGCAAAAGAUCAAGGCCUAUGUAGCCUCUCCAGCCCUGCAACAGAACGCCUGAUGUCUGUUGAAUCUGACGAGGGGAUGGAAGUUGAGAAGAAAGAAGAGUUGUCUGUCAAAGAAAAGUUGGAGGAAUUGCCUGUGGAUGAAUCGCCUGUAAAGACGGAGAUGGACCCGAGUGAAUCACGAGGGGAUGAAACACAAGGGUCCAGCGUUCAGGAAGAUAAGGCUUCCAUCAAGGUGGACCCCACAGGAGCUGAACGACCCUUCAACUACGAUGUAGUGGAUGUCUGCAACGGUUUCCUCACCCGCAUCCCCUAUAAGAAGAAGGUCAAGUCCUCCAAACUGGACGGCCUGCUUGAGCGCAGAGUGAAGCAGCACGUUAUUGAAGAGAAGCAGAGGCCACAGUUGUGCUCCUCCAAACCCAUGACUUCAACGACUGCUUCACCCACUCUAACCCCUGCUCUGAGCACUCCAGUCCGGCCACGGUCACCACUUAAGCCCCAAACUCUUGCUCCAACUCACCUUGCAUUGGGCAGUGCAGUGAAAGUGGAGGAGAAAUCCACAACACAAAUUCAAGGUCCCAGUGAAGUUAGAGGGGACAGUCCCACAGAACUCGCUAAAACUACAGAGGAUAUUGUCACGCCGCCUCCUCCUUCUGGUUUAAACUCCACCCCCAAAGACAUUUGCAGUGCUGGUACAGGGGGAGAUUCAACUUCACCACAAAAUCUGCCUACCCCCCUGCCCCAGGAACUGGAGACAAACAUUGUAGAAAGGACUACAGGCCCAAGAGAAACUAACUUGGAUGUUUCAGGGCAAGAAGCUGUCAAACUGCCUAAAGUAGAAGAAACGGCACAGAGCCCUCACAGCUCUGUAGAGCAACAAGCAGCCAGUGGAUCAUCAGAUGUUACCACUGCUGCACUUGUUGAAAAUUCAGGGUCUGCGGCUCCUAAUUUGAAAUUGGACCCUUUAAGGACAUCGACAGUUGUACCUGACCAAAAAAGUAGUGAACACACAUCUCCCUCUAAACCUGUUUCGCAAAGCCCAGAAACUUUAAUCUCUGCACAUAUAUGCACUGAGGAAAAUGGCAUGGGGCCAGAGGAGAACCAAGAAAAUGUGCAUGAAAUUGGACAACAUAAAUCCAUAGGUGUAUGCACGCCAAAGCCAGUUUCUCCUCUCCCUCAGGUAAAUGGUAAUGAUGGCUUUGUGAGUGAAAGCAUGUUGAGUAACUCUGUCACGAGCACGAAUAAUGGUGUGCUCACCAACAGUCCCCAGCCCAAGGUGAACAGCACUGUUAAAAUUGAAGAAAAAGGACAAGUUGUGUCAUUUAAGGACAGCACACAGCAAAAGCUUCUGGUGAAUGGAGAUUAUGCACCUGUGCACGGCAGUACAGAGACCGGGAUUAAAGAUCCAAGUCUAAUUUCACAGGUAGAUGUGGAAAAUAAAAUGAUCUCAGAACAGGAUUACAAACCUCCUCUGAAGAUUACCAGACUGGAAACGAACUUCGAUGCACUUGGAUCAAAAACUCAGAGCACUCAACAGCACAACAACACGUCACUAUGUCCGUCUACAGAAACCAAAUCCAGCUCUGGGGUCAAAAUCAUCAGAAUGGCUCCCUCUCCCAUACCUUCAGCAGAGGAUUCCAGUCUGAGCGAUGAAUUCGCAGAAGAGAAUAGUAACAGUGGAACGACCCAGCCAUUGAAGACCAUCAUCACCCAGGUAACCACAACCUCUAAUACCACCACAACAACCGUCGUUUCCUCACAGACAAGGAUAGCUAACGCCACAUCUAACGCAUGUGAAGAAGUAGUAUCGAAGGAAAGUAGCGCAGUGUCGACUCUUACAACCAUGACCAAAACAACUGUGACCAAACUCUGUUCCUCUGAGCUCGAUGGACAGUCUGAAGACAGCCAGAGCGAAACAGCGACACAAGAACAGAGAACGCUCUUUGCCUCUGUCAGUAAGUCGUCGACCGACACCAACGGCAAAACGUCGGUGACAUCUGUCGCCGUCCACCAAGAAGACGUUUUGACGACAAAGGGACGUGUGCACCUCCUCAAGUUCUCCCGCACUAAGAAGACGCGCUCGGACACGGCUCUGCCUUCUUACUGCAGGUUUGUCACCAAGAGCAGCCGCAAGAGUAUUUUUGUGCUGCAACACGAUGACUUGAAGGUGCUGGCGAGGCGAGGCGGAUUCCGGGAGGUCGCUGUGUUUAGCUACAAUGCCAAGCCGGCUCAGGAUAUCUGGCCGUAUCCGUCACCCAGGCCCACGUUUGGAAUCACCUGGAGAUAUCGCCUGCAGACUGUUAAGUCUCUGGCCGGUGUGAGUCUGAUGCUGAGGCUCCUGUGGGCCUGUCUGAGAUGGGACGACAUGGCCGUCAAACCGUCUGCUGCCGUCGGCACCACCCGUACAGCCCUAUCCCCACUCAUUGCUACAGAGACAUCAGACACUGAAAUCACCACCACGGAGAUCAUCAAGCGCCGGGAUGUGGGACCCUAUGGCAUUCGCUCGGAGUACUGCAUUCGCAAAAUCAUUUGUCCACUUGGAGUGCCAGAGACUCCGAAAGAAACCCACACGCCUCAGAGGAAGGGGUUGCGCUCCAGUGCCUUGCGACCGAAGAAGCCUGAGCCUGCCAAGCAGACAGGCCCAGUGGUGAUAGAGACGUGGGUGGCUGAGGAGGAGCUGGACCUUUGGGAGAUCAGAGCCUUCUCAGAAAGGGUGGAGAAGGAGAAAGCUCAGGCAGCAGAGCAGGCAAAGAAACGUCUGGAGCAGAAACCAGGCUCAGGCACAGCUACGCCAACGGGGACUCCCGUUGCAUCUUCCACCACACCCAAAGUCAUUGUUGGGACACUUUCAGGCCAAGGCACGCCCAACACCAAGGUGGUACUGUCCACUAAGAUGGGCACCCCCGUCACAUUCCAGCAGAACAAGAACUUCCAGCAGUCGUUUGCCACUUGGGUCAAGCAGGGUCAAAGCACACAAGGUGCAGGCACCGAGGCCACUGUGGCCACGUCGGGUGGGCACACCUUCCAGAUUACAGGAACAUCAGUGGGUGGAAAAGUAGUGACCGCCAAAUUGCCACUGCCCGCCAACAGCAAGAUCGUCACAGUAAACAUGCCAGCUUCGCAAGGAGGUGUGGUUCAGCAGAAAGUGUUGGGCAUCAUCCCGUCCAGCACAGCGGGUGGCGCCCAGACCUACACCACAUUCCAGCCACGCACCACCACACUCAACAUCAGGCCCAACACUCCAGGCUCCCAGCAACAGGUUCUGACAACAGGUAGUACGAUACGUCCGGGAAUGACAGUGAUCCGAACCCCGCUCCAACAGACGGGGCCCCUGGGGAAGACGAUACUUCGGACGCCUCUUGUGGUCCAACAAGGUCAGGGUGGACAGCAAGUAGUGACGCAAAUCAUUCGAGGUCAAGCUGUUUCCACCGCAAUAUCUGGUGCCAGCCCCGUGGCCACUGUCACUGGCCAGGGGGUGGCCAGUCCCACCACUGCGGGGCAGGCAGCUGGCCAGACUCCACCCGGGACCCCACGGGCACAAGGGCAAGGCCAGGUUAAACUAACACUGGCACAACUCACCCAGCUCACACAGAAGCAGCAGGCUGGAUCAGGUGCAGAACGGCAGGCUGGUGUCGGUAGUACCCAACAGGCUCUGACGGUGAUGGUUCAGGGUCAGGGCCAGACCACUGGCCAGCUGCAGAUCAUACCCCCUGGAGUCACAGUCAUCCCAGGACCUGGGCAGCAGCUCAUGCAGGCCUCAUUGCCCAAUGGCCAAGUGCAACGCUUCCUCUUCACCCCCUUGGCCUCAGCCGCCACACCCACAUCAAGCACAGCCACCACAGUUCCCGGUCAGCCCAACUGUGCCUCCACCAAAACCCCAGCCCAGCCUGCCCAACAGGCAGCGGCACCCGUCCAGGCAGGGGUGCCUUCACUGGCCACCACCAGCAGCCCAACUUCGGCCACCCCACAGGGCCAGCUGCCACCUCAAACACAGGCCCACAUGCCCAUUCAGUCGCCUACUUCACUUCAAGUGAAAACACAGGGUGGAACAGCUCAGUUGCAGCUGCAACAGACGCCUCAGCUCAUCAGCAUGAGUGGACUACAGCAGCAGGUACAGGUGCUGGCCCAGCUGCAGACCCAGCAGGGUGCAGGCUCUCUGCCCCAACACAUCAAACUGCAGCUUCCAAUCCAGAUACAACAGACUGGGACCACCUCAGCUCAGGGAGGACAGAUUGGGAACGUGGUGGCCAUCCAGGCAGCUUCUGUCCAGGAGCAACUGCAGAGGAUCCAGCAGCUCAGAGAACAGCAACAGCAGAAGAAGAGACAAGCUGCAGAGGCCAAGAGAGAGCAAGCCCUCAAUGCAGCCAGCCAGAGCGACAUCAUUCAGAAACAGGUGGUGAUGAAACAAAACGCUGUGAUCGAGCACUUGAAGCAGAAGAAGACCAUGACUCCUGCAGAGAGAGAGGAGAAUCAGAGGAUGAUCGUCUGCAACCAGGUUAUGAAGUUUAUCCUGGACCGGAUAGACAAGGAUGAGAGGCAGGCGGCCAAGAGGAGGAAGAAAGAGGAGGUGGUGGAGGCAAAAAGGAGGUUGGCCAAUGCCAGCAAGCUCUCCUCGCUCCUGUAUCGGCACAAAGAGAGCCUCAAGACAGAGAUCCUGAAGAAGCGAGCACUUCUCGACAAGGAGCUGCAGCUAGAGGCCCAGGAGGAGCUGAAGCGGGACCUGCUGCGGAUGAGGAGGGAGAAAGAGCGAGCUCAGGCUGCAGCCCAACAGGCGGCGCAGGCUGCAGCCAAGGCUGCACACAACCAGCAGCAACACACACUGGCACACGCACACGGCAUCGCCGCUCCACACCACCUCGCCACAGGACCGGUCACCUCCGCACACAAGAGGAAACGGGAGGAGGAGAGGGAGGCGGCAACGUCGGCGAAGUCCAAGAAGAAGAAGAUGAUCUCGACGACCAGUAGCAAGGAGAGCAAAAAGGACACAAAGCUCUACUGCGUCUGCAAGACGCCCUAUGAUGAGACCAAGUUUUACAUUGGCUGUGACCUUUGCACCAACUGGUAUCACGGUGACUGCGUAGGCAUCACGGAGAAGGAGGCCAAGAAGAUGGACGACUACAUCUGUGUGGAGUGUAAACGCGGCCAGGAGGGCAGCACAGAGGAGCUGUACUGCAUCUGUCAGACGCCAUAUGACGAGUCCCAGUUCUACAUUGGCUGUGAUCGGUGUCAAAACUGGUACCACGGUCGCUGUGUGGGAAUCCUGCAGAGCGAGGCCAACCACAUCGACGAGUAUGUGUGCCCACAGUGUCAGUCGACAGAGGACGCCAUGACGGUCUUCACUCCACUCACCGACAAGGACUACGAGGGUCUGAGGAGAAUCCUGCGAUCGUUACAGGCACAUAAAAUGGCCUGGCCAUUCCUGGAGCCUGUGGAUACCAAUGACGCCCCGGACUACUACAGGGUCAUCAAGGAACCAAUGGACCUUUCCACCAUGGAGGAGAGGUUACAGAAGCGCAAGUACGUGAAGCUGACAGAGUUUGUAGCGGACAUGACCAAAAUCUUUGACAACUGCCGCUAUUACAACCCCAGUGACUCGCCCUUCUACCAGUGUGCCGAGGUUCUGGAGAACUUCUUUGUCCAGAAGCUGAAAAGCUUCAAAGCCAGCAGGUCUCAUAACAACAAACUACAAUCAGCAGUCUCUUAGCUCCCUCCUAAAAAAAAACAAACAAAAACAAAAAACAAACAGUGUCAGAAAGACGAGGCUUGUGAUUUCCACGGAAAGAUUAAAGGCCCGUGGUCCCAGUCGGACUGAACCUGAACCCGAACCCUUUCUAGAGGAGAGCGCACUCCCAGCUGAAAAUCAGGUUGCAGUGGUGUCAAAGAGCCCGGCCUGCUACACCUCCAAUUGCAGAACAAAUGGGGGGGAAGAAGGGAAUUCAAGGGCCCCUUUUCAUCCAAAGCAUCAGUGGGACAUAAUGACGGAGAGUUCCCACCUUCAGACCAGGGACAAGGCAGCCAUGGACUCUAUGUGGCAGCCUAUUUUGUCCCAGUCGGACGUUCCUACCAGUGCAGCCCCACCAUGAGAAGAAAGUUCCGGAAGGAGAAGAUGAAACUGAUAAGUUGUCUGAUCCCAUGUCAGCAGCAUAGAUCUGUGUUCAAACCUGUAGCUGAUUCCUGUUUUUGUUUUUGUGUCUUUCUAUGUCAGCUUUGUGUGCCCCGCCCCCCCCCAAAGAAAACCCAGACUUUCAACUUAAACGUCACCCCGUCACAUUUUCAUGACACAAACAUCAACUAUUAGUUAUUGCUUCAAAUAACAAAAUACAUCAAGUGUCAAGAGGCUAAAAAAUAGAGAUCGUUCUUCUCAUGUUUUAACAGCGGUAGGUCUGAAAGGAGGAGUAUUUUUCACUGUCCUCGUCUUCCACCUGGAACCAGUCAGUUUUCAGGUCCAGUUCAUUCAGCCAGUCAUUGGACAAACCAAUCUAUUAAUUCCAGGAAUGUAUGUCCCUCUGUUAAUUGAAUAACUGUUCAACGUUUCGGUCGACAGGUUUCAAACUCGGCAGGUUACUAAUCAGUAACCAGUGCGUGCAGUGUGGUAGAAACACAACACAACAUAUGCAUCACCAAACGAGCUGCCACAAGGCAAAGUGCCCUGUGAUGCUGAGUCACUUGAAUGUCCCCCUUUCGUUUAACGUACAAUCCGACUUGCUGCCUUUGGUUGCAAUUGCAUUGAAACAAAGUUUGCGGCGGUUUGCUCGAUGCAAAACCAAAUCCGUUCCAUGUUACAGAGCCUUUUUAAGAACAAUUCUUCACCAGAUUGCCGCCAUCUUGUUGGUCUCUCUGAGCAAAUGCCGGGGAUGGGCUGCAAUGUUGCACCACUAUGAACUACAGUAUCUAUCUUCAUUCAUUCAUUCAUUUAUCGUGGGGGGAGCUGGUGUCAAUCCCACCGGGCCAACGUAGAGACAAACAACCGUCCACACUCACAAAUCUGCCUGUUUUUGGACUGUGGGAGAAACCCAC